UCUUUCAUCAAACCAAACCAUUGACCUUUUCCGCCUUCACACAUUUGUAGCCGUUGCUGUGUCUCUUACGUUUGCUGUAAAAUAAGAAAGAGAAAGCUCACGGAAGGGGGAGAAAAAAAAACCCAUGGCGAAUGUUUCCUCAGCCAUGGAAAACAGACGGAACAGGGAGACGACUUCGACUUUUUCUGCGUUUUCGGUUCAAGGGAUGUCGUCUUUGAAGAGGAAGAGACCGCCCCAGAUAGAGAUUCCGCAUGUUCUUCAAGAGAUUCAGCCUGAUAAACUCAAAUCCAGAGACUUUGCUCACCAGAACGACACCGUUUGCUUCAGCGGGAACGGAUUUGGUGUCGUCUCCAACAAGGGCAAGAAGAAAUUCAUGGAGGACACUCAUAGAGUGGCUCCUUGUCUGCCAGGAAGCACAAAAAAGAGCUUCUUUGGUGUUUAUGACGGCCAUGGCGGUCGGAAAGCUGCAGAAUUUGUUGCUGAGAAUUUGCACGGCAAUGUUCUUGAGACGAUGAAGAAUUGCGACACCAAGGAGGAGAAGGAAGAAGCCAUUAAAGCUGCUUAUUUGAAGACUGACCAGGAUUUCUUAAAUGGGGGUGCAGUGAGUGGUGCCUGUUGUGUCACAGCCUUAAUACAAGGUCGGGAGAUCAUCGUCUCGAAUUUAGGAGAUUGCAGAGCUGUUUUGUCCCGAGGAGGAGUGGCAGAGGCUCUCACGACGGAUCAUAGAGCGGAAAGGGACGAUGAACGUAAACGAAUCGAGAAUCAGGGAGGUUAUGUCGAGUUUCAUAGAGGAGCCUGGCGUGUUCAUGGCAUACUCUCGGUUUCCCGAAGCAUUGGAGAUGCCCAUCUGAAGAACUGGGUUGUAGCUGAACCAGACACAACUGUUCUUGAUCUGACACAAGACAUGGAGUUUCUUGUCUUGGCUUCUGAUGGACUUUGGGAACAGGUUAGUGACCAAGAAGCAGUUGCCACUGUGUUGGAAGUUCUAGCUCGGAGAAAGCAAGGAUGGUGCAACGAGGAGAUAGCUACCGAUACUGAUGAGAAUUUGAUCUGCGGGCUUGUUCAAGUGAGCCCUUCAUCAAAGUUGCGAAGGAUUUCGCUGGUCAAGCAACGGAAAGAGUCAAUCCAAUCUCCCGAAUUCAUGUCUUCCCUAAGUUCUUGGCAUGACAACGAGAACGAGCUGCCCUCUGAAAUCGGAAGUCCGCCUUCAAAGUCAAGAAAGAUCUCGUUGGUCAAACGAGUAAAGAUGAAAACCGAGCCUUCCAGACAAGAGAACUCCGGUUUCUGCAAAAGCUCGGCGUCCAAUGGCCUCACGACUGCUUGCAAAGAGCUCGUGAGCCUAGCCGCAAGGAGGGGCAGUUUGGAUGAUAUUACCGUUAUGAUUAUAGAUCUUAACCACUACAAGUCCAGCUCUUAAGCCCCUUCAUAGUGCAUUCCAUGUUCAACUCUGUAAUUCACUACAAAACCAUGAAUCUUGAUUGUUUAACUCUUUA